GCCGGCGCCGGAACGGUGCGAUCAUCUCUCCUCCAACCCCGCGUCGCCGUUGUCCUGGGCGUCUCCAAGACAUGGUACCCGCUGCUCUUUGCCUGCCGGCUGGUCUCCAUCGCCCCGGGCGUGGUGUUUGGCCUGCCCAAUGCCCUCCGUCUGCUGGCCAUGUUGCACCUGACCUUUCUCGGCGGCGGUGGACUUGACGGCGCCCUAGGCAGAGUGAGACUCGGGCGAAGCGACGAUGGGACAUCAUCUGGCUACGACGCGACCUUUGAGGCCAGACUCCGUCUCACCGAGACGCUGCUGGCCACCAUCUGGUGCUGCGCGGCAGGGUACCUCUCAUUCUUCUUCACUGACUGUCUCAUGUCACGCUGGCUCCUGAACUACACGCCGCAAGCAACCCUCGUCCGGCUGCUAACCAUCAACGCCAUAAACGGCUACCUCACCUCAUGGGUGCUGCACCUCGCCGGAGGGUUUCAAGAUCCGCGACUGGUGCUCCCGGCCUGGAUCCUCAUCUCAACCACACUAACGGUAAUCUACCACAUCACACAGCGCAAGAUCAACAUACGCAAGGAGACGUCCAUGUCCAUCAGCGUGUUUUCCAUCGCCAGCUUUGUGAGCAUGGUGGCGCUGCUGGGCCAGCUGCACUCGAACCGGACAGACUACCCAGACAUACCGCUGCUGACCCUUGUCCGGCGCGUGUGCUACGAGGCCGGCAAGCUGGCCAUCCGCAUCAUGGAGUACGGCAAUGCCGCCCGGGAUCUCUAG